AAAUUCGCCUGGAAAUAUAUUGUUGUUGAUGAAGGUCAUCGUAUUAAGAAUUUAAAUUGUAAGCUUAUUCGAGAACUUAAGACCUAUCAAUCUGCAAAUCGCUUGCUUCUAACGGGAACACCACUACAAAACAACCUCGCAGAAUUAUGGAGUCUUUUAAAUUUUCUUUUACCAGAUAUAUUUGACGAUCUUGAUAGUUUCCAAGACUGGUUUGAUUUCUCUGCUCUUCAUGAGCAAGAUGGUGAAACACAAAUUCUGGAAAAAGAACAGUCAAAUGAGGUUGUAAGUAAUUUGCACAAAAUCCUAAAACCUUUCUUGUUGCGACGUAUAAAAAGCGAUG